UCUGACAGAUCAUAUAUAUGUCUUAAAUUUGUUUUAAAAAAAUAUAUGUCUUAAAACUGUUAUUCCAUUACACGAUUUUGUUCUUUUUUUGUUUCUUUUUCUUUUUUUUUCCCCUUUCUUUAGGCCAAUGAAAAAAAAAAAAAAAUCAACAUUAGCAUUGUGUUUGUUAUUCCAUUACCCAUUUAAAUAUGUUUCUUCCUUUGCCAUCCGAAUAUAACUAGCCUUAGAAACAGAAAAAGAAAAAGGUUUCUUGCUUCCCAAACAAACUUUUUACCAUGACUGUAUUGACAAAACAAGUCACUUUAAACCUACAUUCAUCAAAGGAUCAAAAACCAGAGAUUGGGAAGAGACAUCAAUGUCCUCCCUUUCCCUAUACCUUCAAUUUCUCUGUUUUCAUUUGAUUGUCUCGGUGAAAUCUGAGGCUCAGUUGGCAUAUAUUGCUGAGAAAGUGCCUGCUCUGUUCGUUUUUGGAGAUUCCAUAUUUGAUUGUGGAAAUAAAUACAGUGACCAUUCCUUCAUUAAAGCUAAUUAUUUGCCUUAUGGGAUUGAUUUUCCUGUACCAGCUUCUGGCAGAUACACAAAUGGCCGUACUAUUGCAGAUUUCUUGAGUUUGCAUCUAAACCUGUCUCUCUCCACUCCGUACUCAGUCGUUAGAGAUGACAAGAAAAUUAAAAUCACAGAAGGCUUCAACUAUGCAUCUGCCACCGCUGGAAUUCUUCCUGAUACGGGAAGUGAAUUGGAGGGGACUAUGAGCUUGGAUAAACAGAUCAUGUUGUUCAAAGAAACUGUGGAAGAGUACUUACCACAGCACUUCAAAAACACAGCUGAGAUUUCUCAAUAUGUGCUUGACUCAGUUUUUGCAAUUCUUAUUGGCAGCAAUGACUAUUUGGGCAAUUACCUUAACAAAAAAUAUAACAAUGCAACUGGUAGAUACAAUGGGGAUGAAUUUGCCAACUUACUCAUAUCCAAUCUGGAAAAGCAAUUGAAGAAUCUAUACAAUUUGGGGGCUAGGAAGAUACUAAUGUUUGAAAUCGGCCCUCUUGGCUGUACCCCAUUGGUGGUGAGUAAGAUGAAACCAGAUGAUAAGUGUGUAGAAGUGGUGAAUUCAAUGGUGACUAUGUUCAAUGGCAAGCUUUAUUUCAAGCUGAUGGAUUUGACCAACUCACUAAAGGGGUUGACAUUCUAUCUUGCACUAACUUAUAGGCUUCUAUACGACAUGGUGGAAAAUCCUACCAGAUUUGGGUUAAAGAAUUCAACACACCCAUGUUGUGUAAUCAAACAAAAUGGAGGACAAUGUAUUCCAUAUGAAAAUCCUUGCAGUGAGAGGAAUUUGUAUGUUUUCUGGGAUGAAGUUCAUCUAACUGAGGCAGCAUAUAAGAUUAUUCCAAGAAAAUGUUUCAGUGAUUCAUCCAUUUGCUUUCGAAUAAAUCAUCUCAAUGUCGAUGGACAUGUAGUUAUUUCUGUACAACAUAGCCACAGGCCAAAUAUAAUCUUUUCUUCUUGUAAUUUUUUAUUUCUAACAAUUAUAUUCUUAAUAAUACCGGUUUAACAAUC